AUGUUGAACAAGGAAGACACGAUACUCGUAACGGGCGCUUCUGGCUACGUCGCCCUGCAUUGUGUGCAACAACUACUGCAAGCCGGCUACAAGGUCAGGGGUACAGUAAGGUCGCUUAAGAACGAACAGAAAGUAGCACCAAUACAAAAACUAAACAGAUCGGAGGAACUGCUAGAGUUAGUCGAAGCCGACUUAAUGAACGAACAAGACUGGCCUGGGUAAGCUAAAUUAGUCAAAGAAAAACACUUUCUUAUGUUUAAAAAAUUAAUUUCCGCUUGCUAAUGCUUCGAAAACACAACAAAUCUGUUUCAGAGUAAUCCUAGGCUGUAGCCACAUCUUACACGUAGCUAGUCCAUGGCCAAUCGUAGCAGAUGAAUCAACGAUAAAAACUGCCGUAACUGGUACUCUCAACGUACUCAAAGCAGCCGCCAGUGAUAAGAAUAUUAAGAAAGUCGUAUUGACAAGUAGCUGUGCCGCCGUUAAUGGUAAGUAUAGAUUAUUGUAACCAAACCUUCUAUGCUCAAAAAUAACAAGCAAUAUGUUGUGUAAUUGUUUUUUUACCACUCCUUCAAUUUUUACGUAAAAAAACAAAAAACGACCUAUUUAAAAACGUAACCAAGUUUAACCGUAAACUUGAAGUGUACUUAUAAACAUUAUUGUAGAUGGUCACAAGAACGACGAACGAGUUUUCGAUGAAACUUGUUGGACUGACAUUACCUCCAAGAAAGUCGACAAUUACGCCAAGUCAAAGACGAUCGCCGAGCGCAAAGCGUGGGGAUUCUUCGAGAGUCUUGACCCGUCCAGCCGCUUCGAACUGACCGUCUUGAACCCGACCUUCAUCACCGGACCGGUUUUGUCGUCGGUAGAGCACGGCAGCGCCACUAUUCUAGCCCGCAUGAUGGACUUCCGCACGUUUCUGGCGGCACCACGGGCUUGUCUUGGUGUAGUCGAUGUGCGAGAUGUAGCUCGCGCUCACAUUCUAGCGCUGAAAGAACCAAAGACGAACGGUCGGAGGAUCCUGGUCACUCACACUCGUCCAACGUGGUUCUUCGAAAUGAGGAACUGGUUGAUGGAAGAGUUCAAAGACCAAGGAUACGUCUUUUCUCCUCUCACCGUUCCUAAUUGGAUCGUUCGAGCUUAUGCCAAGACUAAGUUAGACAAGCAAAGCACGGCCAUCGUUCAUCGACUCGGUCCGGAACUCCACUUCAGCAAUGACAAGGUAAUCUUUGACAAAACACAAAAUAAAACCUUAAAUAAACAAGCCUGUAAAACAAAAAAAAAACAAAACGCAACAAAAACUGACCCUUUAUAUUUAUCUUCUUCAGUCGGUGAAACUUCUGAACAUGACCUACAUCGAUCCCAAGAAGUCGGUUAUCGACAUGAUGGUCUCGAUGAUUGAUAAGAAGAUGGUCAGAAGCACUCCAUUCAAGAAAGCAGUCCCACAGAGAUCUCACAAACUCCAAGAUUCCAAAUAUGUCGCAGCCAACAUCAACUCCACUGUCCAAAAUGUGCAAUAA